CUGAUUCGGGUCAAAGAGAGACGGAAGCAUCAAGCGCCAGAGUCAAAGGGAGGAGGGAAUGGAGACGGCGGCCAACUGCUCCUUGAGGGUCCACCGCCCGCUUUUGGACCCCAAGUUCGAGGGCUACAAGCUGUCGCUGGAGCCUCUGGCCUGUUACCAAGUGGCACUGGACGCCCCUGUAGCAGAAGUCAAACUUCGAGAUGAUCAGUAUACCUUGGACCACAUGCGUGCCUUUGGGAUGUAUAAUUAUUUACACCUUGAUUCAUGGUACCAAGAUAACGUUUAUUAUGUUGACCAACUUGGAAGAGUGAUGAAUCUAAGUGUUACUCUGGAAACUGCCUUUAAAAAGGCAAGAGAAGUGUUCAGGCUCCCUGCAGACUUAACAGCUUGUGAUAAUCGCCUGUGUGCAUCGAUACAUUUCACUUCUUCCACCUGGGUUACCCUUUCAGAUGGAACAGGAAGGCUGUAUCUCAUUCGGACAGGCAAGCGUGGCAACGACUCAUGUGAAAAGUGGGAAAUACUAUUCAGUGGAGAAUUUGAGACUCCCUUCAUUAUAGUUCACAGCAUCUCCUUCCUGCAGUCAGAUGCACAUUCAGUGGGUGUGUUACUUCUCCGUGUUGAAAAAGAUGAAAUGGAUGUACAAGGCAGUGGUUUCCACGUUUCCUUGGCAUGGGUUACAGUUGUGAAAAUGGCUAAGGAGGGUGAUCAAGGCUAUGAAAUCUGCAAACAGAGAGUACUUCAAGGAAAGUCAGUUCCUCAUUAUGCGGCUCUAGAACCAAGUGGUGAUGGACUAAUGGUUAUCUCUUAUAAGCCUUACACACUUGCACAGGACAGUCAGAGCAAGUAUGAUGAAAGUGACAAGGAGAAAGCAGAAGAAAAUAAGAAAGAGCCUCUGUACUAUUGGCAACAGACUGAAGAUGAUUUGACUGUCACUUUUCACCUAUGUGAAAACUUCACCAAAGAUGAUAUCCAAGUGCAUUUUUCUCCUAAUCGUCUUAGCGUGUCGCUGAAAGAUCCACUUCACCCUGUAUUAGAAGGCUCCCUUUUUUCACUGAUUGACCAUGAAAGCUCCACAUGGCUCAUAAAAGAAAAUAGUUUGGAGAUUUCAUUGAUUAAAAUGGAAGAGGGAUGCUUAUGGCCAGAACUGAUCAUUGGUGACUCACAAGGGGAAUUGAUCAUAGACCCAACCCAGAGUGCUGCAAUAGCUGAGCAUCUGAUGCAUCUUACCUCUGAUGAAAUGAAUCCAGACCCUAACAAAGAAAAUCCUCCAUGUAAUGCCCAGGAGCUGGAAGAAUGUGACAUUUUCCUUGAGGACAGCACAAGUUUGUGUAGAUUUGAUGGUAAUACAUUGAAUGUCACUCAUGUGGUAAAUCUUGGAAGCAACCAAUAUCUUUUCUCGACAGUGGUAGAUCCUAAGGAAAUGCCAUGUUUCUGCUUACGCCACGAUGUUGAUGCUCUUCUCUGGCAGCCACGCCCUGAUCAGCAGGACAAAUGGGAGCACAUUUCUACUUUCAAUGCACUAGGUUAUGUGCAAGCGUCAAAGCAAGACAAGAAAUUCAUGGCCUGUGCCCCAAAUCAUUCUUAUUCUGCCCUGUGUGAGUGUGUGCGGAGAGUGUUCAUCUAUCGGCAACCAGCUCCUUUGUCUACUGUUCUCUACAACAGAAAGGAGGGAAGACAAGUCGGGCAAGUUGCUAAGCAGUUGGUAGCAACUCUGGAAACCCAUGAUCCUGUUUUGGGAUUUCAGGCAACAAACGAGAGAUUAUUUGUUCUCACAACAAAAGUCUUGUUUAUAAUAAAAGUAAGCACCGAGAAUUAAUGACUAAAUACAUCCUAUACACAAAAUUGGCUGAAAUAAUGACUAUAAAUUAGUAGGAAAGUGCAGAGGUGUGCAAAAGCAACAUGUCAUAUGUACCCUUUUCUGAAGUUUGACGAAAAUGUAUCUUUACAUGUAUCUUUACAUUUGCCUAUACUUAAGAAGAAUAAAGUAUGUUGCUUUAUUUUAAUAAACAGGUCAUAAUUUGUGCAAACAGUUCAAUUCUAUUGAGAAUAUUAAGCAAUCCUCCCCUUCCUUACUAGGUACUAGUGGUAGAAUUUGCCUUUAUGAAAUAGAUAAUUUUCUGUGUUUCCAAAUAUUCUUUUUUCUACUUCACAGUUUUUUCAAUAGUAUGUCUUUCAGUUUUUUAAAAAUUUUGUCAUGCUAGUUUCUGUCUGGCCUCCUAACUUAAAUCUGUUCAUAGUUUUUUAUGGGUUUUUCGGGCUAUAUGGCCAUGUUCUAGAAGAGUUAGUUUCUGACAUUUCGCCAAACAAACUCUUCUAGAACAUGGCCACAUAGCCUGAAAAACCCACAAAAAUCUAUGAAUUCCAGCCAUGAAAGCCUUCAACUUCACAUUAAUUCAGUUCCUUACUGGGGGUUUUUUGUAAUGGAAAUUUACCAAAUAAUUAAAAUCUAAUUUGCAGCUUACUAAUGACUGUUUUUAAAUUUGGGUUUUCAUUUCCUUUUAAAUGCUUUCAUUUAAUUCUUGCAUUGGCCCAUUGGAUAAAUGAUGCUAUGAACAUUUUCUUUUCUCAGGCAUACAUUUAAUGUAAGCUAAAGACUCUCAUUAUGUGCAAAUGUGGUAAUCAUAUGUGGAUUGUGUUCCUUAUGAAAAUCUAUAAACAUUUUAGAAAUAAAGUGGGAUUCUUUUUUUAAAAAAAA